AAAGUUGAAGCCACGCAGAAGAGGAAGACGGAGAGCCCCUACGCCUGCGCGCUAAAAAGAAAUAAAAUUUUUUUCAUCUCUGCCCUUUUCUUCACUAGAUCUCAGCGCUUCCCCUUUCUUAAAGAUCCGAUUAUGUAAUUAUUCUUUUUUUUUUUUUAAUUUUUUGUCAACUAAUCAGAUGGCUUCGAUCCGUCGAACUCUCUCGCCGGCAUAUCACGACCGUUCGUACCAGAACGGCGCCGGAUUCUCCUCUCCGUCUAACAAGUUUUUACCCAACGGAAACAGUAAAAAUUCCCUCGUCUUCCUCGUCUCCGCAUUUCCCGUUUUAUUCACCGCUGUAAAUUUAGUGUAUCGCAAAGGAUGGCGGCGAUCUUUUUGCAGGUGUCUCUUCUUUUUCCUGAUAGGGUUUGUCUUGGGAAUUACUCCGUUUGGACACAUCGAUACCGAUAUCCAAGCCAAGGAUUUCGCUUUCCCCGAACUCAAACCUUCGCAUGUCAACCUCGAAUUCGACGACCAGAUUGUUAAUUCUGUUUCGUUGGGCGUUAAUUCGAGAUUUCAAGAACAAAAGGAAUUUACCGAUUUAAUCGAGCCGUUAAAGCAGUUAAUAGUCGUUACGCCGACAUAUAAUCGGGGGUUACAAGCGUAUUUCUUGAACAGGUUAGGGCAAGUUUUAAGGUUAGUGAAGCCGCCGUUGGUUUGGAUAGUUGUGGAGGAGAAAGCGGCAUCUUUUGAGACGGCCGAGAUUUUGAGGAAAACCGGGGUUAUGUAUCGGCACGUGGUGUGCACGCUCAAUUCUAGUAACGUGAAGGACCGAGGUGUUCAUCAAAGAAACGCCGCUUUGGAACAUAUCGAACGGCAUAAGCUCGACGGGAUCGUGUUUUUCGCCGACGACGACAAUGUCUACACGCUCGAGUUGUUUGAAAGGUUGAGAACCAUAAGCUGUUUUGGAGCUUGGCCUGUUGCCAUGCUUGCACAAAGCAAAAACAAGGCAAUUCUGGAAGGUCCAGUGUGCAAUGCAAGUCAAGUAAUUGGAUGGCACACAAAUGAGAAAAGCAAAAGACUUCGGAGGUUUCAUGUUGAUAUGUCGGGAUUUGCUUUCAACAGCACUAUCUUGUGGGACCAAAGGAGAUGGGGAUGCCCCUUCUCAAACCCAAUUCGACAGUUAGACAAUGUGAAGGAGGGUUUCCAAGAAACUACAUUUAUAGAGCAAGUGGUGGAAGAUGAAAGUCAAAUGGAAGGUAUACCACCUGGUUGUUCGAGGAUUAUGAACUGGCAUCUCCAUUUAGAUGCUGGCAAUCUUGUUUAUCCCAAAGGCUGGCUACUUCAGAAGAACCUGGAGGUUAUCUUGCCUAUUAAGUGAUGGAAGCUCAUCUCUACUAUUUUUUUAUGCUGAGUGUAUAAAUGGGUAUGAGAUUUAAUUCUGCAUUUAAUUUAAAUUCUCCAUUUUUGUAAGUUCGACUUCAGUUAUCGGACAGAUUGGCCUGCCUGAAAACAAGGGAAUACAGAAACAGACAUGAAUAGAUGUCAGAGACGGAACUAAUGAAAUUGAGUGGAGAUCAGUUAUCUCUCGAGCUGUUUCUUUGGAAGUAUUGUUGUAUUUUAUUUUAGGAUGGGUAUCUAAUAAUGUUAUGCUGAAGAGUUUCUGAUUGGUGGUGCCCAUAUUUUGUGCUGGUGGCGCAUUAGUUCAACUUUUCUGAGCAGAUUUACUGCAAUCAUCGACGUAUGGUAGUGCCUUUUGAUAUUCAUCUGGCAGUGACAAAGAAACAGAAGAUUUGUGAUUUUUUGUUUCUAGAAUUUUGUAGCGUGAAUAUUCUUACAGAACAAAUCUUGUAGAGUUCCGUUGCUUUGAGGGGAUUUAAUUUGUUAUUUUUGAGGAGCACUUUUACAUUCCCCGCUCUUCCCUACUCCACAAAAUAGGUGGUGUUUCAUGGGAGAUUUGUUGUGGAUCCAUAGUCUAUAUACCCUGUACUACAUGCAUUGUUGUAUCGAAAACAAGAGCCAUUUGUUACU